AUGACUUACUGUACAGUUUAUCAGACGUUCGAGAAUUCGCUUCUAAUCCAGGUGACCUCCUCGAGAUGUUUGUUUGCAAAUUCAGCGUUUUUAUCGUCUUUGUGAUGCCCGUUUUGACUUAUGGCUGGCGCUUGAGACGCAACACCUCCUGUGAGUUUGGAACUUACAAGCAUGAGGGGAAAACAUGUUGCCUCUGUCCUUCAGGAUUCAAGGUUUCAAGCCACUGCACAAACAUGGGCGAAACAACAUGUGAGCUAUGUAACGAUGGCUACUAUUUAAACAACAACAACAAUGAAGACAAAUGUCGACCUUGUAAGAUCUGCGAGUCCAACGCAAAAAUGAAGGAGAUUCAGAAAUGUUCCAAGAGUUCAAACACAGUCUGUGGGUGUGAGGAGGGUUACUUCUGUGACAAGGACAAAGACUGCAACGUCUGUUACCCCUGUGAAACGUGUGCACAUGGUGUAAAAGAACCAUGCACAGAAACCCGCAACACAGUGUGCCAUGAUGAUGCCAAAGAUUCAAGUGUUUCUUCAGGAACCAUUGUUGCUAUUGUUUUGGUGCCACUCAUCCUAACAGCUGUUGCAGCUGGGAUUUUCAUAUGGAAAAAAAAGAUUUGCUGUUUGGUCCACCAGAGCACAGAUAAAGAAGAACCUGAGGAAGCACUUCUCCAGAUUGAUUUAAACCCUCACCUCACAAAAAUUGCUGAUGUCCUAUGCUGGAAAACAAUGAAACGUGUUGCGCGCCGCAGUGGCAUGACUACAAAAGAUAUUGAGGAACAGGAGGUGAACCACCCAAAAGACGCAAGGGAACAGACCUUUGGGCUUCUGGAGGCUUGGUCCCAGAGACAAGGAUUAGAUAAAGCCUACAGAGCUCUCAUCACCACUCUGCAGGACAUUGGGGAAAAAACAACCGCAGAUCAAAUCCGGAACAUUGUCGAGGCUUCAUCUCAGCCAUAAACUGCAGUCCAGAAGCACAGUGUUAAAAAUGAAGCACUUUACCUCUUCAGACACUGUGAAAGAUAUGAUAGUUUGAUAGAAAAUGACAAAUUUUACCUGUUUCUAACAGAGAAACCAAACAUGCAUGAUUAUAUGGUGUAAUGGUUUUGCAAUCAUAAAAUGUUUUUAUAAUAGAAGUCAAUGGGUGGAAAACAGCCACUAACAUAACGAAAGGGUAGUAAAUUUGCCCAGAGAGUAUUGUCAAGUUUUUAAACAUUUUCAAAGUUGUUUUGCAAAAUAUGUGCCAAAAAAGAUUUGUCACCAAAAAUCAUUCCAUUUGCUGAAACACUAAGAAAGUUGUGGCCAAAUUAAGACUCAGCCCAGAGUGCGUGAAAACAUCCCCAACAGCAGCACACAGUUUAACAUCCAAAACUUUUUUGUUAAAUUAACUUUUUCUUAUGUAACCCACCAAUCCUACUGCACCCAACCCGCUCUGAGCUGGGAUCAAACUGGCUAUUCUGUGUAUGGGAGUCAGUUGCUCUAACAAGGAGGCUAAAGAUCAUGGUCUCUAGUGUCUGUAGCUACAGCCCCUUUAGACGUCAGAGAAGUGAGGUUUACCUGCACACACAGCACUUCACUAGCUGGCCUCCAUUACACUCAUGCCCCCAAAUCUCACUCCUAUCCCGGACAAGCCCCAAAGUGUAACCCACCACUCUGAGCUGGGAUCGAACCGGCGAUUAUGUAUGCUAUAACAAGGAGGCUAAAGACCAUGACCUCCAGUGUCUGUAGCUAGAGCAUCAUUAAAGGUCAGAGGAGUGAGGUUUACCUGCACAGCAUUUCACUAGCUGGCCUCUGUUACACUCACCCUCUUAAACCUUACUCCCAUCCCGGACGAGCCCCCACGUGUAACCCACCCGUCCUACUGCACCCAACCUGCUCUGAGCUGGGAUCGAAGCCGCGAUUCUUUGUAUGGGAGUUAAUUGCUCUAACUAGGAGGCUAAAGACCAUGGCCUCUAGCAUCUUUUGAAUAUAGUUAAAUAACAUGAAUGUUGUGGCUCACACUGCAUCUAAAUUUGACCACUUUUAAUCUAAAAUAUAGUAGUUUAUGCUUUCAAAGUCAUAUUUAUGUUGUUUUGUUUUUUUUAGGACUAAAUAUGUAGGUUUCAAAAACGUGAAAUGAUUUUGAGCAGUCGUAGGUCAUACAGUUGAAGGAGUUUAAUUUUAAUUAAGGAUCUAACCUGUCAUUCUUAGAUGGUAGAUGUCAUCAUAAAAUUCACACUAUCAUAAAUAAAAAUAUAUAUUUCUCAUCAAUAUUGCAAAAAGAAAAACCCAGAUAUGUCAUAAUCCUAGGCUGCAAUGCUCAUGAUGGGUACUAGAGGGCACUGCAUCUGUACAUUUGCAUCCUUUUGAUUCCAAUUUUGACUUCUCAGUUGGUUCUGUCUAUUCAAGCUCUGUCUUUUUGUUGAAUUAUGUUAUUUUUGUCUUGUUGUGUCAUUGUGGUUUAGUUACUAUAUUCCUUGUUUAAGAAUUUUCAGAGUUUUGUUUUUUGUUAGGGUUGUAGGUUUUUUAGUGAACCAUGCAUUGUUAGUAUAUGUUCAAUCAACCCGCACUUGCAUCCUUCACUACUUUCACUCUGAUCACAAAUGUGUGACCAUAUCCAGAAGCACUGAAAAAUCAAACAAAGAAAAACGAUUAUAUAAGUACACAAAUACAAACACCUAAUAUAUAAAUCAUAGCAACAAAAAAACAUGGGGAGUGAAGUUGUAAACCAAAACAGCAUACACAUGGUUUCUGCAAGUUUCAUCAAGCCAAAUUUAAGACUUUUUAAGACCAUUAUAAAUGAGACUUUCGACUCAUAUGGGGCUAAACACUAAAGAUUUUUGAUAAUUUUAGUUUUUUUGCAAAUAUUGUUAUUUCUUAACCACAUAUUUUAAUGUGUUAAAUGUGUAUUUAUUAAGAAGGAAACUACAUGAAUAUUCAAAAAUAUAUAUUUGUUUGCUUUUAGUCCAAAUUAAUUAAAUUAAUAAAUUAGUUUAUUUAUAAAUCCCAUUCUACCUAAUGCAUUUCUGUUAUAAAACCUAAAGUUUCAUUAUAAAUAUUAUGUCCACUCAAACUUUCUUCUGUGAAUAGUUUUUGUGUAAAUGGAAGAUUGUGUAAAGGGAUAUAUUACUAUUAUUUUUAAGACCCCGCAGACACCCUAAUACAACAAAGUGCCCUCUAAAGUCUGGACUAGGAUGCUACAGCCAAUGACUGAUAAUAUUUAGCGUUAUUUUGUUGUGGUUUGUGUGCAAACUUGUGUGUUAACUUUAAUUUUCUAAUGAAUUCAGUUCUUAAUUUUCUCUACAGAGGGUUUCAUAAUAUGUUAUGGCAUGGUAAUAACGUUAAAAACAUUCAUAUUAAUGUGAAGUUGCUGAUCAGAUACAGCAUGAAUUUAUUUGAAUAUCAAAUAUUUAUAUGACUACUUUAUAUGACAUUUUUUGGAAUGUGAAUUGCCAAAAUCAUGAAAACAUUCUGAAUAUUCAAUUCAUCUUUGUUUCUAAAGUGUUUUUUUUCUAAGUAUAUUGUGUCAACGCAGAUAAACAUAGUCAAUUAAAAAAUAAAUGAAAUAAAAUAAAAUUUUGGUACAUUCCAGCAAGUCAGUAAGACCUCGUAUUCAAAAUGCACUACAAUUACCAAAACAUUUACUCAGGUCUCAAAUAAACUCAUUCUUCCAGAACACUAGCAAAGCGUGACAGCCGACAAACACAUUAACAACAUGUAGCAUUGUAUACACAGUGAUUUCUUGUGUAAAACAAGGACACAUUUCUGUUUAUAACUGCAAUAUAUGUUACUGGAAUGAAUCAGACAUGAUGCAGAAUUCAUCAAUAUUUUAUUUUGUUUAUUUAUUUUCAUUUUUUUUUUGCAUUUGCAAGUAAUUCCAAAAUACAAGAAUUUUGUGUACACACCAUCCACUGAUACAGAUACAAUAAUCAUGCUAAUCUGACUGGUUAAACUGCAUUUUUAUAAUUGAAAUAUCAAUGAAAUGUUGCUGUUGUUGCCCCUGGAAUACUUAACAUGUCUCAGCCACUCCAUAACAGAUACAUUUAUUCGCACUUGGUCACCAUAUCUGGACAAUAUAAACCUUGAAUUAUGUGACAUUUUGAAACUCGGAAUGACAUAAUGUCUGUAUAGACGUUCAUUCAUGUGUAUUCUGUUUUCAUCAAACUUCUCACUCUUCCUGUCAUAUUGUAAUAUUUGUAACAUAAUAGCUUAUGGCUUUGGCCGUAUGUAUAAUUUUGUAUAUGCAGUUAUGUUUUGUGUCAGGCAUUUUAUGUUGUGUUUGUAUUUUUGUUUUGCGU